AUGUCUUAUCUGGAUUCCAAUCCGAUGUACGUCCUCAAUUUGUAUAACCAUCCAUAUUCCGAGGAUGAAUUCUCCAACACAAUUGUUCCAAACCUCAAACACUCUCUUUCUCUUACCCUCAAACACUACCUCCCCGUCGCCGGAAAUCUCCUCUACCCUCUCGACACGGACGCUUCGAAGUCCGUCAUUUGUUACGUCUCCGGCGACACCGUAUCGCUCACUAUCGCCAUCUCCAACCUCGACUUCGAUGAUCUCGUAUUGAAUCACGCUAGAGAAGCUGACCAAUUCUACGACCAUGUGCAGCCGCAGGCGCCGUUGACUGAGGAAGAGAAUUACAAAAUUGCCCCUGUGAUAUGCAUCGGUGUGAACUUCCACCACGGCCUCUGCUACUGGAGAUCCAUCGUCGGAUUAGUCAAGGCGUGGACUAUGAUCAAUAAAUCCGGCGACGAUGAGGCUUUCGUCGCGAAAACGGGGUGA